AUGGAAUCGAAAGCAUCCUCAACCCUCCAGCAAAUCCCGCUCGCCUACGCCUCUUGCUCAAUCGGCUGUGAGGCUAGCGACACAUUACCACGACGACUCGAAGCAAUUGGCAAAGCAGGAUUCGCUGCUGUUGAGCUUUCAUUUCCGGAUAUCCUGGCCUACGGCGAACAGCUACUCGGACACGAAAUCCCACCCGAUGACUACAAUCAGCUGACCUCGGUCGCCAGAGAGAUUCGCACUCUCUGCAAAGCCAGUCAUUUGUCGGUUAUGAUGCUGCAACCAUUCGCCAACUUUGAGGGGUGGCCGAAGGAUUCGCCCGAGCGGAGGGAUGCCUUUGAGAGGGCUGCAGGUUGGAUUGAGAUCAUGAAGGCUGUUGGCACAGAUAUGCUACAAGUCGGAGCGACCGAUAUACCAGCGCACAAAGUCUCCACAGAUCGCUCAACGAUCGUAUCUGAUCUUCGUGAACUGGGCGAAAUGCUUGCGAAGCACAAGUUCCGCCUCGCCUACGAAAACUGGUGCUGGUCCACCCACGCGCCCGGAUGGAAGGAAGUCUGGGAGAUUGUGCGUGAUGUCAAUCUCCCCAACGUCGGUCUAUGCCUAGACACGUUCCAAACCGCCGGUAGUGAAUGGGGCGAUCCGACCAGCUCCACCGGCUUGAUCAACGACGUGCCCGAGGAUGAACUGAGGAAGAAGUUCGCUGCCAGUAUGGAUGAAUUGGCGCGUACUAUCCCGGCAGAUAAAAUCUAUCUCUUGCAGGUCUCGGAUGCGUACAAGGUGUCACCGCCGUUGGAGGAUAAGGUCGUUGACGGAUUGAGACCAAGAGGUCAGUGGAGUCAUGAUUAUAGGCCGAUGCCAUAUGACGGCGGGUAUUUGCCGAUUGAAGACGUUGCCAAGGCAGUCUUGAAAACGGGCUUCCGGGGUUGGUUUUCAAUGGAGAUUUUCGAUGCGGGGCCCCAGGGCAAGGGGAAGAAGUAUGACAUGGAAACGUUCGCGAAGAAGGCGAUGGAAAAUAUGCAGAAGUUGUUGAAGAACUGUUCUACAGAUACACGUGCUUGUCCUUUUUAGAGCAAGGCUCAGGGAGUACAAUCGUCACUCCGACACAAAAGUGAAACGCCAAAGGUGGAAAUGCAAAAAUAGACACCGGGUUAUCAUAAGGCAUGCUAAAUGAACAGUCAACAUGGGAAGGUCAUGCUUGAACCCUUCCUUAGUUGGCGUUGCUGGGGUAGGCAACGGUGUAGGUGGGGACAAACUCCUCCUUAACCGAGCGCAAGCUCACGAAGCGAGACAGGAGGUUGGCGCUACCAGCCUUGUCGUUGGUACCACUGGCACGGGCACCACCGAAGGGCUGCUGGCCAACGACGGCGCCAGUGCUCUUGCAGUUGAUAUAGAAGUUACCAGCGGCGUUGCGAAGGUGCUCAUCAGCAACCUGCACAGCGUGGCGGUCCUGAGCGAAGACGGAGCCAGUCAGACCGUAGAUGCCGGUGGUGUCGAUCUUCUCACAGAUCUUGACAAAAUCAGCCUCGGUGGCGUCGUUGUACGAGUGGAUGACAAUGAUGGGACCGAAGAGCUCGCGCGACAGAAGGGGGUGGUCGGGGUUGGAGGUACGGUACACAGUGGGCUGGAUGUACCAUCCCUUGGAGGAAUCGUAGGAGCCACCAGCAAGCAGCUCAAGCUCGGGGUCAUUCUUGGCCUCGUCGAUAACACCGGCGAGUUUGUUGAAGGAGCCCUCGUGGAUAACUGGGCCGCAGAAGUUGGUGAAAUCAGAAGGCUCGCCAACCUUGAUCUGCUUCACCUCCGCAACGACCUGGUUGACAAAGUCGUCGGCAAUGGAGGCAGCAACGUAGGCGCGGGAAGUGGCACUGCACUUCUGGCCCUGGAACUCAAAGGCACCACGGACGGUCUGAACUGCGGCGUUACGCACAUCGGCGGACUUGUGGACCAAGUGGAAGUUCUUGCCACCAGUCUCGCCAACGAUGCGAGGAUAGCUCCGGUACUUGCCCUCCGCCACACCCUGGGAGAUCUUGCCAUAGAGCAUACGGAAGACAUCAGUGCUACCAGUGAAGUGGAGAGCAGCGAAUUCCUUGUGGUUGAGGACGGCGCUAGUGACCUCCUCAGCCUCACCGGGCACGAACUGAAUAACGUCCUUGGGGAGGCCAGCCUCGAGAAGGAUCUGGUGAACGAGCCAGUUGGAAGCAAUUGCGGAAGGCGAGGGCUUCCAGAGGACGACGUUACCCAUCAGAGCGGGCGCACCGGCCAAAUUGCCACCGAUAGCGGUGAAGUUAAAGGGGCUGAUAGCGUAG